AUGGAGCCACACUGUGUUCCAGGCAAGAAGUGUGAAGUCUGCAAGAAGAAAUGUUCGGGUGAUGUGCUGAAGGCAAAUGACAAAUACUUUCAUAUUCAAUGCUUCCAAUGUAAACAAUGUUCUCGACCUCUUGGCGAGUCGGGCUUCUACACAGCUGCCGAUGGUUCGUACCUCUGCCCAGAAGACUACCGAGCUAUUGGUCGUGGAACUACAACACGUCAGACGACGUUAUCUAAAACGCCAGAUGUUGAUUCGAGACCGGCGGCAGUUAAUGGCGAGCAAACCAUUAACAACGUCAAAGAAUCCGAGGAACUUUCACCGUUAGGAUCGCCAUCUGCAGACUGUGCGGCAUGUGAUCAGCCGCUCCAUUCUGGCCAAGUCCUGCUUGCACUUGGGCUAUCAUGGCACGUAUACUGCUUCAAGUGCAGUGAAUGUGGUGCAGUGUUACAUGGAGAGUAUAUGUCACAUGAUGGUAAACCGCUUUGCCUUCGAGACUAUAACGAGCGACAUGGUGUGAAAUGUUAUGAAUGCCAUAAAUUCAUUGCUGGCAAAGUGUUGCAGGCCGGAGGCUAUAAGUUCCACCCGACGUGCGCAAGGUGUUCUCGAUGUGGACUACAUUUUGGGGAUGGUGAAGAAAUGUAUAUGCAAGGGGACGAAAUCUGGCAUCCAUCAUGUGAGCACUCUCGAACCACGGAAAAUAUUGCUCCGACGGCAAAGAGCGCAUCGUUGUCUUCUCGAAACGAGCCGAAGUAUCAGUCAGCUUUUGGACAGCACCUUACUUACAUGUAUCUGCUGCCUGAAGCGGAGCAGACGUAUCUGCGUCAUCCGAUAACAAAUCCGAAAGAACCGAAUGCACCGCAAUUCCAUGUGCCUCUAGGUCCAAUUAAGAUUCGUAAAUCUCGUCUUUCUAUGCUCAAAACGGGAAUGCAGCGUCUAACGGAAGAUCUGGAGAAAAAUGUGCCACGACCGAAGUCUCCUCAUAUGGAUAACGAGGAACCGAUCGAAAUGGCACAUUAUCCUGCUGGUCAUGCGCCGGAUCCAGACAAGCUUCCCGCUAUUGAGCGAGACGAUUUUCCAGCUCCUCCUUAUCCAUAUGCUGUAGAAGAAUUGAAGCGACGAUUGUCAACAUCUUCAAUAGAGAACGAAAUAUCCGAUGACGAGUUAUCUGAGAGUGAGAGAAUUGAUGAGGACAAGCUCAAGAAGACUGUUGAGCAACUGGAAAAAUUCGAUGAUUCGUCGAUUGCACAUGUUAUUAAGCAAAAUAUUGAGGAAAGCCAUAAGAAACAGAGACUGCCUCUUCAUUGGGAUCCUCGUAAUGCUAGUCGCACACCUUCUGCUAAGAAAAUGCCACAUUUGCGUUUUCGUUAUGAUGUUCCAAUCAAUGCUUCACCUUCUCGUCAUCUCAACCGUCCGAGACCAUGGGUUGCUUGGCAGGGUGGUGAGCGAGCUCAAGGAAAUACACUGCCAUGUUUCCAUGUGCCAGAGAGCAGAGGCAGCACUAUGCGAGCAGCAACACUUCCGACCGGGUACAACUACGGGACACUUUCUAUGGAGAAUUUAGAUACUACUAUCAGCAGCCAGUACUCAGAUCAUUCGCUAGCGGGCACAAUGGGCGGUAUGCGAACUGUUGGAGAAAUGCGCCACACUCUGCGCUCUUCUCUUCCUGAUAUGAGUAAACCAGCAAAAAUCUACGAUUUGGCUGAUCUUCAGACGACAAACAAAAAGCUACCAGAAGACGUUGAUAGGCAACAUUUGGAACGACAUUUGGCUCGUGAUGAGUUUGAGAGACUAUUUGGUAUGAGUCCGAUCGAGUUUUACAAACUGCCUGAAUGGAAGCGUAUCAAUUUGAAACGCAAGCACAAGCUUUUCUAG